UAAACUUUGCCUGUUUUGUGUAAACGAUUUUGUUGUGUUAUUGAUUGAUUGUUAUGCAUUUAAAUUUUAUUUAGUCCAAGAACAAUCGCCAGAAAUAUAAAUUCCCGCAGAUUGCGUUCGAAAUUACCGCCGAGGUCCGAUAAUCAGCUACUAGAUUUUCGCGUACCAUGUCGAAGAAAAACCUGGCUCAGCAAGAAACCAAAAUCAAGGAUUCUUUAUUCGAUUUCGUUAAGGCAAAUAUACCCGAGGCUGAUUUGAAUUUAAUCGACGAAAUUGUUUUGUCUUACGUUAUCGCCGUUUUGGAAGACGUCGGGUCUGAUCCUGUGUUUGAUGUGGAAGGAUUUUGCGAGAUGAUGUCCGCAUACUUUCCGGAGUUCGAAUCGAUAAAUCACGCUUCAGUUUGCCAAUGGAUGUUCGAAUUGGAGGCGAAACUUCAGGUGGCUGAAGAAGAGUCGGACGAGUCCCCGAAGAGUCCCACUCUGGACAUAUCACUUCCGGAAAUCGUUCCGAAACCUAAAACAAGGACUGUGAGCGUAACUUUUGAGCCAGAUGCACCGAAGAGGGUCCAUAAAUUGUCCGAAAUGAGCGAUGGCGGUUCUACGGAUGGAUCUUGCUGCGAAUUUUCCGACGAAAUGGAUAUUUUACAGGAGAUGUUUCCUACUGUGUGCAGCAUCGAGGUGAAACAUUGUUUGGCAAUAGCUGCAGGCAACAUUGAACGUGCCACUCAGAUUCUGAUCGAUCGUCAGGAAAACGGCCAAUGUCUGAAUCAAAACAGUCCGUUAACCAUACAGGUAGCUAAGAAGACCAUUGACGACUCGGAAUUGAAGAAUCGAAUCAUUGAAAGAUACUCUUACAUCGACAAAGAUGCUUUCACCAAAGAACACAGACCGGUGGCCCCGAAAGUGGAGCCGAAGAAAAUGGUGCGCUAUCGCGACAACAAAAUCGUCAGCCUGAAGGGCGAACGUUUCACAGAAGUGAAAAAGGGCGAAGACGUCGACGAUAUUUCGCUAAAGAAAAACAAGAAGGGCAACACCCCGUAACCCGAACGUCAAACGGGCCCCGUUAUCGGGUCAAUGCAACCAAUGCAAUCUCCCUUCAGCGACUUAAUUUCAUUCGACUCGAAUUUCAUGUGUUUUUCAGUUCCUCGUUUGAAUGUUUUACGGACAUAUUCAGUGUUAAUGUUAAUGUUAGAUGAAACGGGGCCGCCCUCGCCUGCGGGGCCCCUCCUAGGAAGUAUUUUAAUCUAUUCGGGUAGCGAAUACUUAUUAAGCAUAUAUGUAAUUGUCGCCGAUUUUAACUAGCUAUAGGGAGCAAGUGUUAGGUUAGUGUGCCGGCGAAAUGAACACCAAAAAAAAUAUGUGUGGAUUUUGAUUGUCAUUUCCAUCUUCUCGUUACGUUUGUACCCCUAAAAAUACUCAUUUUAUUCCUUCUGGAGAUGGGGGAUUUUGUUGUAUAAUUAUUUCAAAUGAUACCACUUGAAACUCUUGGACCCAUUAAUGUUUUACCUGAAUGUGAUGGUUGUAAGAAAAUGUGAUAAACGUUUGUAAAGCCGGCAACACUGCGCUUAACAACUUGCUCCAUUUUUCGAUGUAUACCUAUUUAGUAUUAUUGUAUUUAUUAGGUACAUUAAGCUAGUCAAAUAUUAUGAUAUAAAGUAUUCCAAGGUUUGUUAAAACUCUUUGAGUUGGUUUGGUUUUUAAACCCUGGUCUAAAAUAACUGAAAAAAGAGAAACAAUUUUUUAUUUUGUACUUUAUAAAUUUAGCUAUUUAACAUUAGCUAUUUAAGAAAAGUUUGUGUUUUCGAAGGAAAACGAAUUUUGG